ACCCCUGUGAUCCCUCCCAGCGCCAGUCAUUUCUCAAACCUCACUGCCUUAGCCCUUCCCACCCUCUCCUCUGGCCAUCAAUGGCGGACUACGAGCCACCACACCACCCAACAAUCCCCAAAGAAACUGCUCUCCAGGCCUUAAACACCAUAAUCCAACUCCACUUCGAGAAGACCCUUGAAAAAAAACGAGCGAUCGACCUCCAAAAGAAAGAGCUCCACAAGCUUUUCCAGCUCUUCUUCCUCUUCUUAGCCCUCGUCUUCAUGGCUCAAGCUCAGUCCACUCGUCUCCAAUGCCGCCAUUGCUGGGCACCCAUCACUCUGCUUUCACUCUCCCAUCUUAUCUUCUAUGUUUCGGUGGCUCAGACGCUGAGGUGUAUCAAUGGGUUCAAGUACCAGAGACGGUGCCACAAGCUGACGCUUGGGUUGGCUACUGAUAAGCUGAGGGAAAUGAAGAUUAGGAUCAACAAUGGAGAGUUCGUUGAUGGGUUCGGGGAAGAAGGUGAGUUCGAGAUUCAUUACCAGGAACCACCCGAAACUUACUUUGCAAAGUUCAAGAGAAACUGGGCAUUGCAUUUUGGUUUCCUCAUCUUGAUCUAUGCUUUCAUGGUUUCUUCUUCGGUCGUGUUGCUUUGUUUCUAGGUGAAUCAUUUUUUAUUUUUCUAGUGUUGUUUAAUAGGAAGAAUUGAUUAAUUUAUGUGUAUAUCUUGUGCUUCUCGAGGCUCGUUAUUAAUUUAAAAAAAGGA